AUGGAUCAAACACUCGAUUGUUCAGUUCGUCGAGUGGCGCCCCAGUUCUCUAUCCCGCCACCCCCGAGGACAGAGGUGAUGCUGGGAGGGAACCUCACGCUCAAGUGCGUGGCCUUCGGAUCACCGAUGCCAACCGUCAAGUGGAGAAAAGGUUUGACAAAAUGGCUCACACCAGAAGAUAAUCCUCCAUUGGGCCUAAAUACGCUGCAGUUAGAAGACAUAAGGGAGUCAGCGAAUUACACUUGCGAGGCAGCCAGCGUCUUGGGUGUUAUAGAAACAACGGCUGAAGUGAAAGUACAAUCUCUACCGGGACCUCCAGCUGAUGUGAGAGCAUCCGAAAUAACUGCUACUACAGUAAGACUCGCGUGGACCUACACCGGCCCCGAAGAACCACAGUACUACGUCAUACAAUACAAACCAAAAUACGCUAAUCAGGCAUUCAGCGAGAUAUCAGGUGUUGUGACACAGUUCUACGCUGUGACGAAUCUAUCGCCGUACACUGAAUACGAAAUGUAUGUGAUAGCGGUAAAUAACAUAGGCCGUGGACCACCUAGCACUCCAGCGGUUAUUACUACGGGAGAAACAGAACCCGGUUCAGCCCCUCGUAAUGUACAAGUGCGUCCGUUGAGCUCCAGUACAAUGGUUAUACAAUGGGACGAACCUGAAACGCCAAACGGUCAAGUCACGGGCUACAAAAUAUAUUACACGUCCGAUUCAUCGCAGUCAUUACAGUCGUGGCAUUCACAAAUGGUGGACAAUAACCAUUUAACAACUAUCAGUGAGCUGACUCCGCAUACUGUGUAUACCAUAAGAGUUCAGGCCUUCACAUCAGUAGGCCCGGGACCUAUAUCCGCACCAGUACAGGUUAAAACACAACAAGGCGUUCCUUCCCAACCUUCAAACUUGGUAGCAGUGGAGGCAGGGGAGACAUCAGUCACAUUAUCAUGGAAGAGACCAGCUCAUGCCGGUGAUAAUAUAGUGUCAUACGAACUAUAUUGGAACGAUACGUAUGCCAAGCAACACCACAGGAAACGGAUACCUAUAACAGAGACGUACACACUGACCGGACUAUACCCGAACACUUUAUACUACAUCUGGCUAGCCGCAAGGUCUCAGCGAGGCGAGGGCGCUACUACACCAGCCAUCGGAGUCCGAACCAAACAAUACGUUCCUGGAGCACCUCCGAUGAACGUGACAGCCACGGCGGUCUCUCCGACCGCGGUCCGAGUGUCCUGGCAGCCGCCGCCGGCUGAAAGGGCCAACGGAAGAAUCGCGUAUUACAAGCUGCUUUGUGUGGAAUCGGGGAGAGGGGAUUCCGAAGCGACUGUCGUGAGGCUGAAUCAGACCAGCUUCGUGUUAGAUGAACUCAGAAGAUGGACUGAAUACCGCAUCUGGGUGAUGGCCGGCACCAGCGUAGGAGACGGACCCCCCUCCUACCCCGUCACUAUACGCACGCAUGAAGACGUGCCCGGAGAGCCUCAAGAAGUUAAAGUGACCGCAAUCAACUCUACAUCCAUACACGUAACGUGGAAGCCGCCACAAGAAAAAGAAAAGAAUGGAAUCAUAAGAGGGUAUCAUGUACACGUCCAAGAAUUAAGAGAAGAGGGCAAGGGCCUCCUGAACGAUCCAAUGCGUUUCAAUGUGAUGGACGAUACGACACUCGAGUUGAAUAUAUCAGGACUACAGCCGGACACGCGGUACAGUGUACAGGUAGCCGCUCUCACGAGGAAAGGUGAUGGUGAUCGAAGUCCGCCUGUUACCGUCAAAACACCCGGCGGUGUUCCAAACAGACCGACAGUUAAUUUAAAAAUAUUGGAAAGAGACCCUAUUGUAUCCAUCGAGAUUGAGUGGGCGAAACCAACACAGACAUACGGUGACCUGCUAGGAUAUAGACUUAGAUAUGGUAUUAAAGAUCAACUACUUGAAGAAAUUAACUUUCCUGGAACAAAGGUUAACUCACAUAGGAUUAACGAUUUGGAACGUGGGGUGCAGUAUGAGUUCAGAGUGGCGGGCAGAAAUCAAAUAGGAAUUGGACAGGAAACAAUCAAGUAUUGGCUUACACCCGAAGGUGCGCCGAAAGGGCCUCCCGCUAACGUCACGUAUCAUUUCCAAACACCAGAUGUAAUUAGUAUUACUUGGGAUCCACCAACAAGAGCCGAUAGAAGCGGUCAAAUAAAAAAAUAUGACGUCCAAUUCUAUAAAAGGGGAGAUCAGUCUUCGUUAGUUGAAAAGACGACGGAGUUAACGAAAGCUGUGUUUACCGGAUUAGAAGAAGAUGCUCAUUACGUGUUCAAAGUUCGUGCUUACACGGAUCAAGGUGCGGGUCCUUAUAGUAAAGAUGUCACGGCUCACACUGAGAGGGACAUCGGUAGAGCUCCGAUGUCAGUUAAAGCCGUUGCGACCUCUGAAUCAAGUGUCGAGGUCUGGUGGGAGCCAGUGCCUUCGAGGAAGAAGAUAAUUGGAUAUGUUAUAUUCUAUACGAUGACCCCUGUCGAGGAUUUGGAUGACUGGCAGCACAAAACUGUUCAUGUAACACACUCUGCCGAGUUGGGGAACUUGGAGAAGUUUGCUGAAUACGCAAUCGCAGUAGCAGCUAAAACUGCAGAAGGACUAGGAAGGUUAUCUGAAAAGGUUACUGUAAAAGUAAGACCCGAAGAAGUGCCUUUACAUCUUAGAGCACAGGACGUAUCAACUCAUUCCAUGACACUAUCGUGGUCCCCUCCAUUACGUUUAAAUCCAGUUAGUUAUAAGAUUUCCUAUAACGCCAUCAAAGAAUUUGUUGACUCACUAGGAAUGACGCAAACACAAGAAAUUCCGAAGAGAGAAAUAGUUGUUAAGCACGAUAGAACCUCAUACUCGAUUAACGAUUUAUCGCCUUUCACUACGUACAAUGUAAACAUAAGUGCCAUACCUAAUGAUAACUCUUAUAGGCCGCCGACGACAAUUACCGUAACUACACAGAUGGCUGCCCCCAAACCAAUGGUGAAACCUGAUUUUUACGGUGUUGUUGAAAAUGAAAUACUCGUUAUACUACCUCAAGCGUCUGAAGAAUACGGACCGAUAUCUCAUUAUUAUCUAGUUGUAGUGCCCGAUGAUAAAUCACAUAAUCAUAAGAAUCCAGAUCAGUUUUUAACAGAUGAUUUAAUAAAGAAUAAUGCUCGGACGGACGACGAAAACGCGCCAUACAUAGCAGCAAAGUUUUUACAAAGAAACAUUCUAUACACGUUCCAUCUAGGAAACGAUGAUAUGUAUGAAGGAUUUUUGAAUAGAAAAUUGAAUUUAAAUAAGAAAUACAGAGUUUUUGUAAGAGCAGUUGUCGAUACUCCACAAAAACAUUUGUAUACGUCUAGUCCGUUCUCUGAGUACUUAUCAUUAGAUAUGAGGGAGGCUCCCCCUGGAGAGGAGCCCAGUAGACCUGACCCCAAAGAUAUUAAUGGGGACCCCGAGAUACGGAUAGAGGAAAAUAGGACCGAGGCUGGAAUGGUUUGGGUGAUCGGUCCAAUAAUAGCAGCCUUGAUGCUGUCGCUAUGUCUCGUUCUGCUUUUCAUAGUGAAACGAAGAAGGCAACCUUGUAAGACACCCGACCAAGCUGCCGUCACUAGACCUUUAAUGUCCGCUGAUAUAGGAUUCGGAGCACCCUCUGACCCAGUUGAAAUGCGCCGCUUGAAUUUCCAAACGCCAGCUAUGAUUUCACAUCCUCCAAUACCGAUAUCCGAACUCGCAGAACACAUCGAUAGGUUAAAAACCAACGAUAACCUAAAAUUCUCCCAGGAGUAUGAGAGUAUUGAACCCGGUCAACAAUUCACGUGGGAUCAUUCUAACAUGGACGUUAACAAACCUAAAAACCGCUACGCGAACGUCAUCGCAUACGAUCAUAGCCGAGUUAUUCUACAACCCAUAGACGGAAUACUAGGAAGUGAUUACAUAAAUGCCAACUACUGUGACGGAUAUCGUAAACACAACGCAUACGUCGCUACCCAGGGACCGUUACAAGAAACGUUUACAGACUUCUGGCGAAUGUGCUGGGAACUGAGGACGUCUACUAUAGUGAUGAUGACCAAGUUGGAGGAGCGGACGAGGAUCAAGUGCGAUCAAUACUGGCCCAGUCGAGGCAGCGAGUCGUAUGGCAUGAUGACGGUCACUAUAGCAGAGGUUCAGGAACUUGCCACCUACUGUAUCCGAACAUUCCAAGUGACUAGAAACGGAGGUGGUGAGAGGAGGGAGAUCAAACAGUUACAGUUCACCGCGUGGCCGGACCACGGCGUGCCAGACCAUCCGGCGCCCUUCUUACAGUUCUUACGUCGUGUUCGUGCUCUCAACCCACCCGAUGCCGGACCUCUAGUAGUACAUUGCUCCGCGGGUGUCGGCCGGACGGGCUGCUUCAUCGUCAUCGAUUCGAUGCUCGAAAGAGCGAGACACGAACGCACCGUAGACAUAUACGGACACGUAACCUGUUUACGGGCACAACGAAACUAUAUGGUGCAAACCGAAGAUCAAUACAUCUUCAUUCACGACGCUCUCCUCGAAGCGGUUAUCUGCGGCGACACGGAGGUGCCGGCUCGUAACUUGCACUCACACAUCCAAAAGCUCAUGCGUAUCGACACUAUAGAGAACAUAACCGGGAUGGAGUUCGAAUUUAAGAAGCUUGCCAACAUGAAAGCUGAUUCCAGUCGUUUUGUGUCAGCUAGCCUGCCGUGUAAUAAACAUAAGAACAGAUUGGUGCACAUCUUGCCUUACGAGUCCACUCGCGUGUGUCUCACUCCUAGAGACGGCUCGGACUACAUCAACGCUUCGUUUGUAGACGGGUACAAGUACCGAGCGGCUUACAUCGCGACACAAGGACCCUUGCCAGAUACCACCGACGACUUCUGGCGAAUGUUGUGGGAACAUAACUCCACGAUCAUUGUUAUGUUAACCAAAUUGAAGGAGAUGGGCAGAGAGAAAUGUCAUCAGUAUUGGCCAUCUGACCGUUCAGUACGCUAUCAGUACUUCGUGGUCGAUCCUAUCGCCGAGUAUAAUAUGCCUCAGUACAUCUUGAGGGAAUUCAAGUUCACAGAUGCUCGCGAUGGUUCUUCCCGCACCGUGCGUCAAUUCCAGUUCACUGACUGGCCGGAGCAGGGCGUGCCCAAGAGCGGAGAGGGCUUCAUAGACUUCCUCGGACAGGUUCACAAGACGAAGGAACAGUUUGGACAAGACGGACCCAUUACUGUGCAUUGCAGUGCGGGCGUGGGUCGUACGGGUGUGUUCAUAACUCUAUCUACGGUGUUGGAGAGGAUGCAGUACGAGGGUGUAGUCGACGUGUUCCAGACGGUCCGCACGUUAAGGACACAGAGACCAGCCAUGGUCCAGACUGAGGAUCAAUACGACUUCUGUUACCGCGCGGCCCUGGAGUACCUCGGCUCCUUCGAUCACUACGCAAACUGA